AUGGAUCUCUCCGCACAGCUCAUAAGUGAUCGCGGUAUACGGUAUGCUGAGAAGAGCUCCCGGGUUUGCGACAAUUGCAUUCGGCAGAAAGUGAAGUGCACAUUGGAGAUUCCGAGUUGCUCCCGUUGCUCCGAUCGUGGAAUUGUCUGCGUCUAUUCAUUGAAACGCCGGAAACCAGGACCUCGUCGUGGCACUAAGAAACAAGUCGCAACUCCAAGGAAUGCGCUCGUUGCGGAUAAGCCCGUGACCUCUGUUGCUGAACGGGACGGCGAACAAGUUGACGAGUGUCUUGCUACCAGCUCAGUCGCGAACUAUCCUGCAAUCUCGCCAACUGGCAUUGCAAUACGCACGGCGAUUUCCCCAUCCCAUCUGAGACCUAGUUUGCUUGCUGAAGCGCCGCAAAACAUACAAAAACAGACGUCGAAUGCUGGGCCUCCAUAUAUAGCCCCUCAAGAGCAGACAUUCUUGCUAGACAAGUACAUGGAAACGCUUCACCAUGCACUCCCGAUCUUCUCUCAGCCAAUGACGCUCGCGCUGCCUUUGUGCAGUCAAGAUCUUUUGCUAACUAUAUGCAUUCUGAUGGCGAAGCUGACGAAGUUUCGUCUUGCCUCAGUUGGUGAUACGGAGCUUGACGCUCAUAUUCAACUCCUUCUAAGCUCAACUAGCAUUUAUGAGGAAUGUCUCGGGCUCCUUUCUUUGGAUCAGAUGCGCAAAGUUUGUCUCAUAUCGUUUUAUGAGUUUCAUCAGUUUCCUGGUCAUCAAGCAUGGGAAAAAGUAGGAAAGCUUGUUAGAGCAGCCUAUUGGAUGGGCCUUGAUCGACUUGAUGACCCUGAUCGCCCAGCAGUCAGCCAACAGAAAACUGGUCACAAUUGGGAUGGGUUCGCGUUGCGAGAUGAAGACCAAAAUGACUGGCGCAUGCUGUGGUGGUGCAUAUACCGCCUCGACUCGUACGCAAACUUCGCCGCAGGUACGCCGUACAUGAUCCAUGAGGAUCUCGCAGCAACUGAGCUUCUGCGAAAUCCACAGCAUGCAAGGUGUCUCUACCUGCACUCGGAGUUGGACAAGCUGCGGCAAUUAGUCUCUCCUGUUGCUGAAGUUUCAGACUCUACCAAGCUUUUCAAUUUGCAUCUUGUCACUAUUGCUACCAUGCGGAGUGUGAAACGCGGGUUUCAACAACGGUUUGGAUCUCGACGUCAGACUGAUAAUGUCAACAUUGAGAAGUCGGCAAGUAUCGAACGGCAGCUCAAUGCACUUCGGCUUACACUUCCAGCCAAUUAUCUGAAUCCCAUGCGAAAUGCGCUUGCGGGUGAGAGCAAGCUUGAUCACCACUCUAGGCUUGUCACCAUACUUCAUCUUCACAUGGCAAGGCUUAUAAUAGCUAUUUUUCAUUGCGGAAGCCGUGACAUUGGAGACGAAUGGCCUCUCAAGUGGCAGCAAGUCUUGGAAUCUGCCCAAGAUGUUGCUCUGAUAGCAGAGCAAUGGGACAACACAUUUUGCCUUUGUGUUGAUCCCGCAAUUUCCUACAUCUUCUUUACAGCCGUGGUAUUUGUACACUUCCACAAAAAGUCGUCACUGCCAAGAAAUGUAUCUCAAAAUGAACUUGACCAUCUUGAGACUGUUUUGCUUCUGCAGCUUGAACAAUUCGCCAAUAUCUGGAUGUUACCUAGGUUACUGAUCCUCUCAUUUCACAGUAUCAAAGAAUCUGUGCAUGGAGCACUGGGACAUCAGCAUAUACAGUUACUUGCUGCUCAAUUUGCCGCUCCAUCGCAUCCUCGAUGGUUGGGGUUUCUUUCUUCGAUGCAGGCUCAACUGGGACAUCCCAACGAUCCGCCAGUCACCAAUUAG